AUGGCUGAUUCAUUUAGUAAUGUUAUAGAAUUACCUCCAGAUCCUUUAUUUGGUUUAAAAGCAAGAUUUAAUUUAGAUAAAAGAGCUGAUAAAGUUGAUUUGGGUAUUGGUGCUUAUAGAGAUAAUAAUGGUAAACCUUGGAUUUUACCUGCUGUUAAAUUAGCUGAAGAAAAAUUAAUUAAUGAUCCAAAUAAUAAUCAUGAAUAUUUAUCAAUUUCAGGUUUUGAACCAUUUUUAAAUAAUGCUGCAAAAGUUUUAUUAGGCUCUGAUUCAAAUCAAUUGAGUAAAGUUAUAUCUCAACAAAGUUUAUCAGGUACGGGAGCUUUACAUUUAGCUGGAGUUUUUAUUAAACAAUUUUAUAAAGGUAAUCAUACGAUUUAUUUAUCAAAACCAACUUGGGCAAAUCAUAAACAAAUUUUUGAAUAUAUAGGAUUUAAAGUUGAAAAUUAUCCUUAUUGGAAUAAUGAAACAAAAUCAUUAGAUUUAGAUGGAUUUUUAAAUAGUAUUAAAUCUGCUCCAAAUAAUUCAGUAUUUUUAUUACAUGCUUGUGCUCAUAAUCCAACUGGUUUGGAUCCAACUAAAAAUCAAUGGGAUUUAAUAUUGAAAGAAUUGGAAAAAAAACAACAUUUAAUAAUUUUUGAUUCUGCUUAUCAAGGUUUUGCAAGUGGUGAUUUAGAAAAAGAUGCUUAUCCAAUUAGAAAAGCAAUUAAUGAAGAAAUUAUUUCAUCUCCAAUUAUAAUUUGUCAAUCUUUUGCAAAAAAUGUUGGUAUGUAUGGUGAAAGAGUUGGUGCUAUUCAUAUUAUACCUUCAACAAAAGAGAAUAAUGAAGCUUUCAAUAAAGCUGUUAAAACUCAAUUAAAUAGGAUUAUUAGAUCUGAAAUUUCAAAUCCACCAGCUUAUGGUUCAAAAAUUGUUGCAACAAUUUUACAAGAUUCAAAAUUAUAUGAUCAAUGGAGAAAAGAUUUAGUUACAAUGAGUUCAAGAAUUAUUAAAAUGAGAAAAACUUUAAGAUCAAAAUUGGAAGAAUUGAAAACUCCUGGUACUUGGAAUCAUAUAACUGAUCAAACUGGUAUGUUUUCAUUCACUGGUUUGACACCUGAAAUGGUUGCAAGAUUGGAAAAAAGUCAUGGUAUUUAUUUAGUUUCAAGUGGUAGGGCCUCGGUUGCUGGUUUAAAUGAUAACAAUGUUGAUAAGGUAGCAAAAGCUAUCGAUGAAGUUGUUAAAUAUUACAGCAAGAGUAAAUUAUAA